AGUUCACGCAGCGGGAGAGAGACGGCUGAAGAAUAAGCGGUGGUGCACAUUUUGGAGAUAAAUGGAGGUUUUUGUAACGCAUGGACGUGGAUACAAAACAUAAUCAGUGAAAAUGGUUAAAGAUCAAGAGGUCGAGCGCAUUGCUAAAAAGCUCGACAAGAUGGUUAACAAGAAAAAUACGGAUGGCGCAAUUGAUUUGCUGAAGGAGCUGAAAAACAUCAAGAUGUCUUUGGAGACGCUGCAGGUGAAUUUCAGGUGUAAAUUUCAGCCGCGAUUGUUGAGUCGCAUACUGAGGGUCUUUGUAAAAUGUUGUGUUGCACAGUCCACCAGGAUCGGCAUGUCGGUCAAUGCAGUGAGGAAGCAGAGCACGGAGGAGGAUGUGCAGAACUUGGCCAAGUCACUCAUCAAAUCAUGGAAGAAACUGCUAAACGGUUCUGACAGCAAAAUGGGGGAGAAGAAAAAAGACUGUUCCCCUCUCACGUCAUCCUCCAAGGACAGUCCGGGAUCCAGCGAUUUGAGUUCAGGCAAAAAGCAGGAAACACCGAAGACUCCCACCACCCCGACCACUCCGACCACCCCGAAAUUCACCUCGUUCCCUCCGGCACCCGUCACCACCGACAGUGUUCGCACCAAGUGCAGAGAGCUCCUGGUUGCGGCUCUGCAAACAGACGAUGAUUACAAAGCAAUUGGAGCAAAUUGUGAGCACUUGGCAGCACAGAUUGAAGAUUGCAUUUUCCAGGAGUUCAAGUCCACAGACAUGAAGUACAAGAGUCGUCUGAGGAGCCGCAUCUCCAACCUGAAGGACCAGAAAAACCCGGACCUGCGGCGCAACGUCUUGUGCGGGAACAUCUCUCCUGAGAGAAUUGCGACCAUGACCGCAGAGGAAAUGGCCAGCGCAGAGCUGAAGGAGAUGAGGAAGGCCCUGACCAAGGAGUCCAUCCGAGAGCACCAGCUCUCCAAAGUGGGAGGCACAGAGACAGAUAUGUUCGUCUGUGGCAAAUGCAAGGGGAAGAACUGCACCUACACCCAGGUACAGACACGCAGUGCUGAUGAACCCAUGACCACCUUCGUGCUUUGCAAUGAAUGUGGGAACAGGUGGAAGUUCUGUUAAAGUGUGGAAGUGUCCAUAUUCACCCUCGGAAUCAUUGACAUGGAUGACACAGAGCUGAAAGUUACUUUAUUAUAGCUUCAGACUGUCUUCCUUUUUUGUACAUGAUCAUAAAUAUAUAAUAUAUUUAGAAAGAGUGCUAGACAGAGCACAUAAAGAGAGCUUAGAUGAUUCAUUUUAUUUUUAGUUGUGUACCCUACUAAGAACAUUGCAUAUUGUACAGAUUUAGUUAAUAAUUGUAAUGUUUGUUCUGACCAUAUAAAAUAUCUUAAGAAGAAAAAAAAGAGGAUUGUGCCUUUUUCCAGGGCAGUGGUUGUAUUCCACAUGGCUCCACAGUACCUGAUCUUCAGUUUAGUGUCACAAAUCCAAACAGCAUUCUUUUAAAUGCAUAUGUCAUCUAUGCAUUUCCAGUUUGUGUCAUUUCUGCUGCGACCAAAUAUCAGUGUUAGAAGGUUGAUGCCAAAGUGGAGCUGGGUGGUUGGGGGGGGUGGGGGGGCGGGUAGGGAUGAAUCUGGCAACUUGUUACGUCUGCUUCAUCUUCCCUGUUCCUGUUCAUAAUCAAGAUGUUUGCGGGGUGGGGGAGACAGAACAUACUGACAGUUGUUCAAGUGGUUAUAGACUGUUUUCUUUUUUACUGAUUUUUUGUGUAUACAUUUUUUUAUUCUUACUUGAGG